CAAUGGAUAUAAGUGCUGAUCUAAUGGAAUUAGGAAGAACCCCCGUAACUGUUGUAUGCGCAGGGGUAAAGUCAAUUUUAGACAUCGAGAAAACUUUAGAAUAUUUGGAAACUCAAGGUGUUACUGUUGUGACAUUUGGUGAUUCUGCAGACUUUCCAGCUUUUUUUACUCCAAAAAGUGGAUUUAAAAGUCCAUCAAAUUUGUCAACUGUACAUGAAUGUGCAGCUUUAAUCG